AUGAAUCUGGAGAUUUAUGUGGCGCUCUCCGAAUUAGCCAAGUUGCCUCGUGGGGUACCGCACGCUGGGAAGACGCUCAUGUGCCGGGCGGAGAAGGUCUGUGCGUCGCGGCCCCGUGAGUUCCACUCAGGGCGGCUCUUCAACCUGAGCGGUCGACUGCUUGACGGAGACCACAAGGAACACUGCGAGGAGGACUACGCACAUCUUUACUUUUACAAUGACUGGGCCUUCGCGGCCUCCUUCAUUGAGGAGGGUGAUAUCGUCAUCCUAAAGGGAUUUACUUUGCACGAUGCCCCCUGCAUUGGGGAGGACGAGGCGGAGUUCCCGUUUUUUAUUACGCCAAUCAAAGCUUCCUCAACGCUGCGGGUUUUGCAAAACGGGCUGCAAGAAGACGUCAUGGAGGUGAUGCUGCGGGCGGACAGGCUUGAGUUGCCCUGCGUGCGUGUUCUGCCAAAGACGCUGCGUGCCCCCUUCAUUGCGAACGAUGUGGCUUAG